AUGUGGUCAUAUGGAAAGCACAAGCAUUCAAAACUGUUCACUCAAGUCAAGGAGAAGGGGAAGGAGGAAGAGGGAGAGGAGGAUGCAGAAGAGGAGGGAAAGGAGGAGGAUGUGGUGAAGGAGAAAGAGGACAUGGUGUAGGAGGAGGAAGAGGACGUGGUGAAGGAAGAGGACUUGGUGAAGGAGGAGGAAGAGGACGUGGUGAGAGAGGAGGAAGAGGACGUGGUGAGAGAGGAGGAAGAGGAUGUGGUGAAGGAAGAGGACAUGGUGAAGGAGGAGGAAGAGGACGUGGUGAGAGAGGAGGAAGAGGACGUGGUGAAGGAAGAGGACAUGGUGAAGGAGGAGGAAGAGGACGUGGUGAGAGAGGAGGAAGAGGACGUGGUGAGAGAGGAGGAAGAGGUUGUGGUGAAGGAAGAGGACGUGGUGAAGGAGGAGGAAGAGGACGUGGUGAAGGAGGAGGAAGAGGACGUGAGUCUUCAGAUAGAAAACAGAUAG